AUACACUACUGUAAGAAAAAAGGCUGAUAUCAAAGAGAAAGCGUGUACUACUAACUAAGAAUUUCUUUCGCUCUCUCUCGCAAUGGAUGCACUCGUGGCUGAUUUCCAGGAGAAGAUCCUCUGUGGUCUGGAACUAAUGAUGACUCUAAAAUCCCAACGCGACGAGUUGCGGAGUGAUUUGCAGAGAGAGCGACAACUGCGGUAUGAGUUUCAGAAAGAGCGCGAUAAGUUACAGACAGAGCGUGAUGAUUUACGCAACGAGCGAGACAGGAUGCAGAGGAAGCAGGAGGAGCUUCGGAACAAGCUAAACGAGCUGCAGAUUGAGCGUGACAGGGCUGCCACAGGGGCCGAGCAGAUGAGGAGAAAAAGGAGUGAUGGGGAAGAGGGCACGAGUUCUGAAGAGAGGUGGCAGUUCUCCGAGAUAACUUCCACCGAAAUUGAGAGAGCAACUGCCAACUUUGAUCCAUCGAAGAAGAUCAGUGAAGGGGUAAAUGGGAGGAGCGUCUACAGAGGUCAACUUCGGAACACCCAGGUGGCUAUUAAGAUAUCCGGCUUCGAUAAUUUGCAGAACCGCACAGAAUUCCACAGGGAGGUGGAAGUCUUGAGCAGGGUGAGGCAUCCAAACAUUGUCUCACUCAUUGGAGUCUGCCCAGAAAAUUACUUGCUUGUAUACGAGUAUCUCCCCAGUGGCACCCUCGAAGACCGGCUCAACUGUAAGGAUGAUACUAGUCCUCUUUCAUGGCAAAUCAGAACGCGCAUUGCGGCCGAGAUAUGUUCAGCCAUCAUCUUCCUCCAUUCCAACCAUCCUUACAGGAUUGUCCAUGGCAAUCUCAGGCCUGAAAAUGUACUUCUGGAUGAGAACCUUGUCAGCAAACUCUGUGGUUUCGGCAAUUCUGGCUUAAUUCCCCGGGAGGGAGUGUCACCCAGAACCUCCACACCAUGCCGGAGAAUUGACCCCAUUGCCCGUGCUUAUGUCGACCCAGAAUUCGUAGAAACUCAAGAGUUAACACCAGCAUCAGACGUGUACUCAUUUGGUGUCAUACUGCUACUGCUUCUGACGGGGGGACCAGCCAUGGGUAUAGUGCAGACGGUGAAGUCUGCAUUAAAUAACGGGACCCUCGAUAAGAUGUUGGAUGAAUCUGCGGGGAGUUGGCCUCUUGAGCAGGCAAAGCAAUUGAUUUACUGGGCACUCAAGUGCUGUGAAGAGAUACGACAGAGGCGACCAGACCUUGAAUUGAUCACAAUUACGCUGGAGCGUCUGAAACAAGGUUCAUGUGGAGCAUCGUCGUCAUCAAGCCGUCCAAUAUCAGAAUCAGAGCCGCGUGAGACUCCAUCGCAUUUCCUUUGCCCUAUUUUUCAGGAAACCAUGCGGGACCCGCGUAUGGCAGCAGACGGCUACACUUACGAAUAUGCAGCAAUCAGAGAAUGGCUGGACAGAGGGCAUGACACGUCACCCAUGACAAAUCUUCCGCUCAUCAACCAAGAACUAACUCCUAACCUCACUCUACGUUCUGCAAUUCAAGAGUGG